AAGGAAAGUAAAUAGUUCUGUAGGAAUAUAGAUAUGACAGGUCGCAAGUAACUUUCUCCUCAUUUUGUUGUUGUUCUCCCACGUGUUUGUCAUCGUCUGAACAUAACAAAUUAUGUGAAGUGGUGUAAUAACAAGGGCGUAAAGUGAACAUUGGUCGUUUCGGUACCUAAAGACUCGAUGACAAGUUUUUGUGAUUUGAGAAUUGACAGUGAUUUCUAUACAGAAGAUACUAUGUGAUUGGGAUGGUAGUUUCACACGGGGCAGGGCCCCCGGUCAGGGAGUCUCACACAGACGAUCAUAAUAGCAGACUAUACGAAUCUCAACACAGAAAGUCCAUCCAAGGGGUCAUACUGAACCUUCAGAGGUCAUACGAUGUUGACCUUGUACAGGCCUCACUUCGAAAGUUACAGGUUCUUGCCCAUAAACGUGAAGUUCACCAAUUUCUUGCAAAUAAAGAAGUCCACCAGUGUAUAAUGACUGCUGUCUCUCACCUUGACCUUCACAAAAACAUACAGAAGCUGGGGUGCGAAGUUCUAGCAGACCUGGUGGAAAGAAUAACAGAUCUCUGUGCUACCUUCUCUCAGUCUACUACACUAGGGCAACUCCUUGAGAUUUUACAUACAAACGCCUUCUCUGAUGCAGAGCUGCACCUAAGUAUCAUGAGGAUACUCGCCAGAUUACUAGACAGAGAAGAGAUCCGGAAUCAGUUGAUCAUGGAUGACGGGGUAACUGACAUGGCUGACAUUUUGUACAACACCAUAGUAACAUUCAAUGACAAUCGCUACAUCCUGGUACCCACCUUUACUGCCCUGCGACAUCUCCUAAGUGAAGAUAAUGAUCUACAGGAAAGUUUUAUGCAAGAAAAAUGGGAAUUGGUUAUGCAAUGUCUGACGACCUUCACCUCCAGCCCAGAGGUCACACAGGCAGUUUUGGAACUUUUAGGUGUCAUAGCAGCAAAUGAUCAACUGAUGGACAGCCUUGUAGCGGAAAAUAUCCAGGAACUGGUGGUGGACCGGUGUGCCAGUAUGAGGAGUUCUGGCAGCAUGGCUUCCACCUGUUGUAGUCUGUUGUGUAGGCUGUGUGCAUCUGAUUCUGUGAAGGAGUUUGUGACAGCAGAGAACUUCCUGAGGACGACCCUCGUCCCGCUAAUGUAUGAACAGAGGUCAAACGUAGCUGUCCAGCAUCAUGGUCUCAUCCUCCUCUGUCUACUGUUGAAAUACAACUUUUCUCAGAAUGAUGAACAAAAUUCCCUAGAUCUUGGUCCUCUGUAUGAUUGGUGUGACCUCGUCAACAUAGCCAUGUCCAAACACCUUGAUAACAUUGAUGUUCAGAUUUGUAGUUGUCGGGCUAUAUCAGCUCUGAUGGAGUACAGACCGGAGGCGCGUCGCUGGAUAGGGCUGGAUGUCGUGGACGGCCAGAAUCAAUUGCCGAUCCACACACUUUGUCUGGGUGCCAUUUUGAUGUUCCGUCAAAAAAGUGAGGUGUUUGUUGCCGCUUGUGAGGCCAUAUAUUGGCUAGCAGCUGACAAUGAGACCCUGAGUGGCCAGUUGAUGGAGAGGAACUGUCAUGUAGCUAUCAUUGACGGCCUCACUGUACACCUGAGUGAGCCAUGGGCUGUGGAGGCGGGCUGUAAGGCCAUCAGAGGACUCUGUAUCUUCCAUGAGGCAUACAAACAUGUUGUCAUUAGAGACGGCAUACAGGCUCUUAUCACCAAGGCGAUGAACAAGUUCCCCGAGAACCCUGAGAUACAGAUCGAGGUCAUCAGCAUGCUUGCUUGUCUGGGAGAUGUAGAUGUGGUACGAUAUCAGUGCUUUAUUGACGGGAUUCACUCUAAGAUCCUGACCAAUCUCGACUCGUUUAAGGACAAUGAGAUUUUACAGGAGGCCAGUCUGGAGUGUCUAAGUGUGUUGUCCACUGUAGUACGAUAUCAGUGCUUUAUUGACGGGAUUCACUCUAAGAUCCUGACCAAUCUCGACUCAUUUAAGGACAAUGAGAUUUUACAGGAGGCCAGUCUGGAGUGUAUCAGUGUGUUGUCCACUGUAGGUAGGUAUACUGAUGGUCUAAGGACAAUGAGAUUUUACAGGAGGCCAGUCUGGAGUGUCUAA